GCCCUGCCCCGCCUAGCCAGCGCGGCGAGGGGCUGUCCUCUCGAGAGCCCUGUUGGCCGAGCGGCGACGUCGGCACAUCUGCUCUCCAGGCGUCAUGAGGCCCCUGCUUCGGGGUCCGGCGGGAAACGAUGAGGAGGAGAGCUCGGACAGCACCCCGCUCCUGCCGAGCGCCCGGCAGACGGAAGCGGCUCCAGUAUGCUGCUCUGCUCGGUACAACUUAGCGGUUUUGGCGUUCUGUGGUUUCUUCGUUCUCUAUGCAUUACGAGUGAACCUGAGUGUUGCAUUAGUGGACAUGGUAGAUUCAAAUACAACUCUGACUGAUAAUAGAACUUCUAAGGAGUGUGCGGAACAUUCUGCCCCCAUAAAAGUACACCACAAUCACACAGGUAAAAAGUACCAGUGGGAUGCAGAGACUCAAGGGUGGAUUCUUGGCUCCUUUUUUUACGGCUACAUCAUCACACAGAUCCCUGGGGGGUACAUUGCCAGCAGAGUCGGAGGGAAGCUGCUGCUGGGCUUCGGCGUCCUGGGCACCGCCGUCUUCACCCUCUUCACACCGCUGGCCGCAGACUUAGGAGUGCUGAGUCUUGUCGUGCUCAGAGCACUGGAAGGACUAGGAGAGGGUGUAACGUUUCCAGCUAUGCAUGCCAUGUGGUCUUCCUGGGCUCCCCCUCUCGAAAGAAGCAAGCUUCUUACCAUUUCCUAUGCAGGAGCACAGCUUGGGACAGUAGUCUCACUUCCUCUCUCUGGAAUAAUUUGCUACUAUAUGGACUGGACUUAUGUCUUCUAUCUUUUUGGUGUAGUUGGAAUUGUCUGGUUUAUUUUAUGGAUGUGGAUAGUCAGUGAUACACCAGAAACUCACAAGACAAUCUCCCAUUAUGAAAAAGAAUACAUUGUUUCAUCAUUAAAAAAUCAGCUUUCUUCGCAGAAGGUGGUGCCAUGGGUGUCCAUCUUGAAGUCACUGCCACUUUGGGCAAUUGUAGUAGCACAUUUCUCCUACAACUGGACCUUUUACACCUUAUUGACAUUAUUGCCGACUUAUAUGAAAGAAAUCCUAAGGUUCAAUGUUCAAGAGAACGGGUUUUUAUCUGCAUUGCCUUAUUUUGGCUGUUGGUUAUGCAUGAUUCUCUGUGGUCAAGCCGCGGAUUAUUUAAGGGGCAAGUGGAAGUUUUCAACUAUAAGUGUUCGGAGAAUUUUUACCCUCGUAGGAAUGGUCGGCCCUGCGGUUUUCCUGGUCGCCGCUGGAUUUAUAGGCUGUGACUAUUCUUUGGCUGUUGCGUUCCUCACCAUAUCCACGACGCUGGGAGGUUUCGCCUCUUCUGGAUUUAGCAUCAACCAUCUGGAUAUCGCUCCUUCGUAUGCCGGCAUCCUCCUGGGCAUCACAAACACGUUUGCCACUAUUCCCGGGAUGACUGGGCCCAUCAUUGCUAAAAGUCUGACCCCCAAUAACACUAUCAGGGAGUGGCAGACUGUCUUCUGUAUCGCUGCUGCUAUUAACGUGUUCGGUGCCAUUUUCUUCACGCUGUUUGCCAAAGGGGAGGUGCAGAACUGGGCUCUGAGUGACCACCACGGACACAGAAACUGAAGACCACAAACAAUAACUAAUGUAUUUUUAUUUAUCAUGGAAACUGAAAGUGCCUUUGGUAUUUGACUAUGUAAGCAUUCUAUGUGAGAAACAAAAUAGUACUUACAUUUAUUUGUAAGGUAAUCAUGAAAUGUUACUAGUUCCAAGAUCAUUUUAAAUGAGCUGCUGAGCUGGAGAGAUGACUCAGCAAUUAAGAGUACUGACUGCUCUUCCAGAAGUCCUGAGUUCAAUUCCCAGCAACCACAUGGUGACUCAAAACCACCUGUAAUAGGUAUCUAGUGCUGUC